CAGUAAGAACGUUAGGAACUGAUAUUUCCAAAGGUCUGUUAAACGGCAGCUGCUCUCGGUACCAGUAUCCAGCCGAGCUACCUGCGGAGGUAACAAGAGCUAUGAAAAUUUUUCACGGAUAGGGAAGUACAACUCGAGCUCGAGCUGAUCCUAUCAAACCAUGGCUAUUGUCACGUCCUGUUGUUGUGGCCAGUCGUUGAGGAACGGUAGUUUUGCUGCGGGGAUUUAUAGCUUGGGCCUGUAUACGGUUGCGAUUACGCUUGCUACUUUCCAUGUAAUAACAGACUUGGAUGAUCCAGUGCUGCUUGGGUUGAAUGUGAUGCUACUCGUGUGUUCCGGAUUCUGUGUACCAUCAUCCGUGUUACUGUUAAUUGGAUUAUGUGUGGAUAGCAAGCUACUUCUGUUACCAUGGAUACUGUGCACAACAGUGACGACACUGAUCUACAUGAUCUUAUCUUUGUAUCUUUUAUGUGAUACCAGGUUUCAUCCUUUGCUACUAGUAUUUUUCUUAGUGGAUUUUCUAAUCUGCUCUUUAAACGUGUAUUGUCUCCUGUGUGUGGUAUCUCAGUAUCAAGAAUAUUUGGCCGGAAGAGGGCACCCUGGACAGACGACAUUCAGUAGGACAGUACCCAGCGUACGCCUGCACACGUUACCCCCAGGGCAAGAAACUUCCAAAUUUAUUACGACUCCAAUAAAAGGUCUACUGGGGGUAAAUUCUCCCAACAACCUACAACCAGAUGUCUCUUGGAGAGAAGAUUCAACUUCAAAGUCCAAUAUUUGCAGCGAACUCAGUUACGUCUCGGAGGAACACAUCGUCCAAGAUACCUCUAAUGUGGCAGAUGAACAUAGUAACCAGGAAAUUUCAGGAUCUAAGAUCGCCCAUCCAGACGCAUUGUUGGAUGAUAUUGUCCUCGUUUCUUCUGGAAGUCCAACACACCCCAUAACGUUUUUGGAAAGAAACCAUGAAAAUACGUCCUUUGACACUAAUAAUAGUGAUCUUAUGGGAUUGGGCCAGCAGAAGCUUCUAGACCGUCAACCAUAUACUGAUGACCAGAACAUAAAUAAAUAACUUCGAAGACGGCAGGUUUUGAAGCUCGUGGAAUGGCUGCCAUGGCAACUAAGAAAUUGGCAUUCUGGUUGCUUUGGGAAAAGAUUUGAAUGACAUUUCACAGUUUCUCCAUUUCUAAAUCAGUAGGUGUCGUCUUACGGGAAACCACUAAAGAAAACAACCGUGUCAAAAACUCUCAACCAAACGAGGAUGAAUAGAAUGUUUAAUGGAAAAACGUUAUCAUGGUUGGAGGCCCUUGA